GAUGGGCAGCAUCGGAUUACACCUCAGAAACUCCAUAUGUCAGAUCGCAGAAUGAGAAAUAUGUCAGUAUUAACAAGUAUUGGUAUUAUGCCCUUCUCACGAUUGUUUCUUGUUGGAACAGAGGAUGGUCAUAUGAGAAUAUGCUGUUAGAUGUCUUCAUCUCCAUUAUGCAGCACUUGUCUCAGGAAUGACAUCUUUCAUUCCACCAAAAAUGCUUCCCAUUUUAUUGUAAUUAUCUGGGUGUAAUAUUCUUUUAGUUAUGUGAAGAAAAUAAAUUGCGUUCUUGUUCCUUUUUUUCCUUUUUCUUUUUCUUUUGUUCGGGUUGUGUUUAACAUCACCACUACUCUUCUUUUGUUUGGUAUAAGCUUGGCAUGCCAAAUACUGAUGAGAUCUAAGAUUGUCGAGUCAUUCAUGAAAAGCUCAUCUCGUUUAAGGUUAAAACAUGCCAGAGAAUUACUUAUUAGGAAUUUGGGGUGUUAUUAAACGGACGGGACACGGGUCACUUAUUAGGAAUUGACUCGUUUUGGCAUUCCUAUUCACUGAUUCGCAUCCUCAUCCACUUUCCGAGGAUAGUUCUUGACUGUGAGCUGGGAUUGUGCUGUAGCAAUGUGGAUUUGGAAAAGAAUACAAACAGAUAAAAGAGUUUGAACAGCUUAUCCCUCAAAAUUAUUUUUUUGACCGGUGUUGGAGGAUAGUGAUAAAAGAGUCUUUGAGGGUACAAAAUUUGCAGCUAUAGAUUGCUGAAUCUUGAGCCAAGAUGACACUCAGGAAAAAUUAUUGGAAGGUUAAAAAAAUAUUUUGUUGCCAUUAUUUUUUGUUCUGGAUUGUUUAGAAUUUAGGUAAAAGACAUUGACUUCUUUUGAGUUUGAUAAAAAGACACUGACCUCCCUUGAGGUUUAAAAAAAUUUAAGAGCCUUCUCUGAGGUUUUAAGAAUUCCAGAGACAUUUUCUGAGGUUUGUCAAAAAAAUACAAAUCUCUUGUACUCUAUAAAAGGAUAAAAUAUAGUCACUUCUCUCAUGUUUAGCGAAAAGAUAGAGAUAUCUUUUUUUAAGGUUUCAAAAAUAUCAUAAAUCUCUCUCAAGGUUUGUCAAAAAGAUACAGAUAUUUAAAAAAAAAAAAAAAAUUUUGUAAAAUGUAAGGGGAGGUUUGUGUCUCUUUGGCAAAUCUUGAGGGAGGUUUUUAAAAUUCUUGAAAGAAUUUUUUAAAUCUUAGGGAGAUUGUUUUUUUACUAAAUUUCAAGGAAGGUUAUUGUCUUUUAUCCUUUACAAGAAAAUAAGUUUUUUGAGGGGAUGUUUGUUUCUUUUUGACAAAUCUUAGGAGGGGAUGUAUGUAAUAUUUUUGAAACCUUAGUAAAGGUGUUUUGUAUUUUUACCAAAUCUGAGGAGAGGUCGUAUCUUUUGUUGUUAGAAUUUUGAUGCAGAUUCAUUUUUCUCUUAAAAAAAUAGCACUAACUGGUUUAUGUUUGAGAUUUUAUCCAAUAUCUUAAAGGUUUGGAUUAGCAAGUCCAAUAUCCAAUCCAUUGUCAAGCAGAUUCAAUUGUCCCAAAAGCUAAGUGAUGAAAAUUGAAGAUGAACUAGGAAAUUGAAUGGAGGCUAAAGGGCAGACCACACCAAUAAAAUCUUAUCUUGUAAUUGAGAAUUUAUAAUUUAAAUUAUGCGAAUUUGUACCAUAAAAUUGUAUCAAAUUUUGCUUAAAUCUGUAUAAAUUCAAGUCUAAGGUCUUUAAUUCAUGAAUUGAGAUUCCCCAACUUGGGUAAAUUUAAAACAUAAAAUGAAAAAAAUUAUAUUAGAUUUCUUACAAAUUCAUGUGACAUAUGUUGGUUACUACCAAAAUGAUCUACUCUAAUUCUUAACUUUGGUUUGAGAAAAUCUCAUUUUGGUUCUACACAACUAGACUUUUUCUUACCCUAUUUUUAGAUUUUGGCCUCUUGACCUUUUCCAUUAUGGCUGGAAUCAUAAGAAAUUUAAAAAACACAAUCUUGAUAAGCCAACUAUACAUGAACAUACAUGUAUAUUUAUGUUCAUAUCCAUAUAAUAUAUAUAUAUAUAUAUAUAUAUAUAUAUACAUAUAUAUAUCAAAAUAAUAUUAAUUUCAUGAUAUAAUUGAAAUAUAUAUAUACAAUAAUAAAAUAUACGAAGCAUAACAUUAUUAUUUUAUAUUUAUCAUUAUAUCUGAUAAUAAUAAAAUAUUAUAAUAAUAUGUAAAAUAUAGAAGCAGAUUAUAGUGUAAUAAUAUUAUUGUGGCAUUAUUACUGAUUUAUUAUAUUAUUAUAUAUAUUAAAUCAUAAAAUAAAAUAAAACAUUGUAUUAUAUUAUUUACAAUGAAAUGUAAUAUUUAUAGUGUAAUAAUAAGAAGAUAUAAUGGAAACGAAAAAUAUAAAAAAAAACAUAUAUAACAACAACAAUAAGGAUAUUAAUAUUAAAAAAAAUUAAAUACCAUAUAUUAAAUAAUGAUUAAUUUAUCAUUUUAUAAUUUUAAUAAUAAAAUAAAUUAGCAAUUAAUUUAUAAUGAUAUUAUAUAUCUAAUAAAUUUCAUGAAAAUUUCAAUUUAUAGCAAUAUAAGUAAUAAAUUAAUGACUUUUAUAUCUAUACCAAAUAACAAAUAGCAUUUGGUGGUUGUGUCUAAGAGCGUAUAUUUUAGUUUGUGUUUCGCGAUUAGUGAGGUUGUCAUAAUUUCCCUAACCGUGAUUGAGACAGCUUUAACGUUUGCAGAGGCUGCAGAACCCUAACCGUAAUCCCUUCGAACCAUAUUCUGUUUCCCAGCUCGCCGCCCCUGCUUGGCCGGAGACGUCGAGACUAGAGGAGUCUGAUACUCUGUAAUUCAGCUCGCAGGUCUAUAAUUCUUGCAGCUUCGUUCAAUCGUUCGUGUUCUUCGUCGAAUCCAUCGAGGCUUUGACUCUUCGGGCUGCAGCACAGCUCAUGGUUGCUCAGUAGCAUUGACUUGACAUGAUUACUAGGUGGUGGUCCCAGAGUCAAACUGGGUUCAAGGAUAAUGGAUUAGCAACCCCACAGAAAACAUUGCAAACAACAAACUGUAAACCUCAAGGAGUUUGAAAACUUGUGAUUUGCUUCCAAUUAAUGGCAUCGGGAGAGUUGGAUGUUCACCAUGAUGACAGUGGUGUGCAGAUCACAUGUUUCACCGAAGUCUUUGAUGAGAUUACCCUCCACUUUCAGAUCAUACGGCUUCAAAAACAGAUAUAUGCUUGGAUUGGUUGCAACUCCACCAAAUUUGGACAUUUAUAUGCAGCUGCACCUACUCGGCCAAACAACAUGGUGAGUGUUACUUCCAUACUCGGGGGAGCUUCUGAUAAUACGGGGUCUGGCAUUGCGAGGCGAUUAGUGCUGAAGACUGGUCUUAACAUAAUUCUGGCUUGCAAUAUCCCAAAGAACAGCCCCAUGCUUGAGGCAAAUGCUGAGAAAAAGCUGGUGCAGAAGCUAGUUAGUUUGGGCUACACCAAGGAGAGGUCUGAGGGGACAUUAUAGUGCUGCUGGGCUCCAGAAACAUACUGUAUGUGAAGGAAACAUAGUUUAUUGUCAUUCUUUGAGCUUGCAAAAAUAUACACCUUUCGAUAAUGGGUCUAUGGUGCCCCUCUUUAAGUUAACCUUCCCCCCUUUCCGAAAUUGGUGAAUCAAUGAACAAUGUUAACAAGACAUAACGCAGUAUGUGCAUUAUGAAUAGGAGAUUUUAUUCUUGCUUAAA